AUGAAGGGUAUCGACGCUCGCUACGAUGGCCAGCAUACGAGCCGCAAUGGGAAUGCCGUUGCCGACGGAGUUCUGACGACCGCCCCGACUCCGGCACCGACACCGGCACCGGUGCGGGACGACAAAGGCAAAGACGUCAGCUCCGAUACGGACAGCGACGAUGACAGGCUGCAGGUCGAUCACCACAACGUCGACUUAGAAAAUGGUGAUGGCAACUAUGAUGCUGGCGACAGUAACGCGAAUCCAAGGCUGCUCCAGGCAACCGGAGGCCCUCGUUCGCCAACAUCGGCGUCCGAUACGGACGACGAUAAUGGCAGUGGGAAAUGUACACCAGUCAGAAAUAGGGGCAGGACAGUCAAAAGAAAGCCUAAAAACGAGAAGCCCACAAAGCAGGAGACCGUCCGGUGGCGGGACUUGCCCGAGAAGGGCCAGUUGACCGUCCUCACCUUCGCACGGUUGAGCGAACCUCUUGUGCAAACAUCUCUUCAGUCCUACAUGUUCUACCAGCUCCAAUCGUUCCGGCCUGAUUUGCCUCCUUCGGUCAUUGCGAGCCAAUCUGGAAUUCUUCAUGCCAGCUUUACGGCCGCCCAAUUCUUAACAGCCAUGGUUUGGGGCCGGCUGGCCGACUCGCAUCUGUUCGGCCGCAAGAAGGUGUUAAUGAUUGGCUUAGCAGGGACCAUGCUCUCCUGUCUUGGCUUUGGCUUCUCACAGAGCUUCUGGCAAGCACUUUUCUUUCGGUCGUUAGGGGGCGCCACCAACGGAAACGUUGGAGUCCUCCGCACAAUGUACCAAUCCCGUGCUUUUCUAAUUCUACCCAUGACGUUCAACAUCGGUGUCAUCAUCGGUCCCAUAUUGGGUGGCGUCCUGUCCGAUCCCGCUCAUAGUUAUCCAAAUCAGUUUGGCGAUAAUGCAUUCUUCCUCCGCUUCCCGUAUGCGGCGCCCAAUCUCCUCAGUGCGGUUAUUCUAUUCUCGGCGCUUUUGGGCGUCUGGCUGGGGCUAGAAGAAACACUUGAUUCGAGACGAGGCACACGCGACCUCGGCAUUGAGCUGCGGCGCAAGAUUGUCUUGCUAUUCCGUCGCUCACCCGAUUCGAUCGCGUACACACCCCUCGCAACCCACUCCCGCAACGUCAGUGAUGCUAGCACCGUCAGUUUCGAAAUGGAUCCUGUUACGCCAGUUGUAUCGACUGAGGAGGAGGCUUCUACAUCAGCUACCGCCAAGUCAUCACAGAAAUCGAAGCGGCCAAGGACACGCUACUCGCAACGACUGCCGUUCCGCCGGAUAUUCACAAAGAAUGUGAUUCUGACGCUACUGGCACAGUCCAUCUUUGCUUUCCACAUGGGUUCGUUCAAUUCGCUGUGGUUCGUGUUUUUGUCGACGCCCGUGUAUGAUCCCACUCAGGCACCGGCUCCAAAGUCACCGGCGGCCAAAGCUGCUCAUUACCUCACGCAAAAUCUGCCAUUUGUGUUCACAGGUGGCAUAGGCUUGCCUCCCCGCGAAGUAGGCAUGGCCAUGGCUAUUCUAGGGUGCUUCGGUAUUACCAUGCAGCUCUUGCUGUAUCCCUCCGUGUCCGCUCGCCUCGGUGUCGUGAGGUCGUGGCGCAUCUUCUUGUGCUGUUUUCCAGUUACAUACUUUAUUGUUCCGUUCCUCAGUCUCGUGCCGAGCCUGUCAGCACCACCGCAUGCCAAGGACGGUGCGGCAAUCUGGUUUGCAAUUGCACUGGUGCUUCUAUGCCAUGUCACGGGCCGUACCUUUGCAUUGCCGGCACAGACGAUACUAGUUAACAACUGCACCCCUCACCCUUCCGUCCUCGGAAGUCUUCAUGGCCUCGCACAGAGCACAAGCUCUCUAGCACGUACAGUCGGCCCUAUAUUAAGCGGUUAUCUUUACGGCCUCGGCUUGAAUCAUGGCUUAGUUGGAGCGGUGUUUUGGGGUUUGAGCUCGGUGGCAAUCAUUGGCCUCAUAGCCAGCAUGUUUGUCCGCGAGGGUGAUGGACACGAAAUCUGGCUAGAGGGCGACGUCGAAGACGAGGAUUGA